AUGUCAACUCAACCUGAAGCUUCCAAUCAAGAACAUGAAGAAUACCCAUUUAAUGUCUUUGACUAUGAAAAAGAUGGGUUUAAAUUCGUUCUUCGCUGCAACGGAUACACUGCACAAAUCAUGCUUGAAGACAUCAAACGAUUCGCCGAUGUUGUAAGCACCAGACCAAGUGGUAUUGUUGGUUUCUACGUAACGCCGUACGAAAUCCCGGAUGGAGUUGAAGAUUUCGUACGAACAUAUAGACGAACCAUUAUUAUUUGCUCCGACAAAGACCUCCUCGGGAAAGUCAAUGAACAAGCAGAAAUCGCUAGACAAGAACGCCAGCAAGUGGCACAACAGCUCGAAGCAGUUGGUUGCGAAGUCUUGUCCAUUCGGGAACUUUAA